CCCGCUCCCAGCCCCUGCGGCCGGGCCCCACGGGCACCCCGGCAGCCCGGUCCCCUGCACGCCUACAACACUGUUUCCCCUGCUAUGAUGCCAGGGCAGAUCCCUGACCCGUCCCUGGCGGCCGGCGCACUGCCUGGGCUCGGGCCCUUGACAGGUCUGCCUGGCACAGCCCUGACUGCCGAGGAGCUGAAGUACGCUGACAUCCGCAACAUCGGGGCCAUGAUCUCGCCACUCCACUUCCUGGAGGUGAAGCUUGGGAAGAGACCCCAGCCUGUGAAAAGUGAGCUGGAUGAGGAAGAGGAGAGGAGGAAAAGACGUCGGGAAAAAAACAAAGUAGCAGCAGCAAGGUGUCGUAACAAGAAGAAGGAAAGGACGGAGUUCCUGCAGCGGGAGUCUGAGCGCUUGGAGCUCAUGAAUGCUGAGUUGAAGGCCCAGAUAGAAGAGCUGAAACAGGAGAGGCAGCAGCUGAUCCUGAUGCUGAACCGGCACCGUCCCACCUGCAUUGUGCGGACAGACAGCAUCAAGACGCCUGAGACUGAAGCCAACCCACUGCUGGAGCAGCUAGAGAAGAAGUGAAGGUGGCACUAGGCCAGGAGGAGGAGACAGUGGCUCAAGGUCUUCCAGCGUCUCUGAUGUAUGUACUGUAUGAAGAACUGUGUACCCAGGCCUGGUGCAGCCAGGUCCCAAUGGGCUUCCUAGGGGAAUAUGGACCAAACAAAUACGGGGACAGUGAAGAUCAGGAACUUGUCAACCAUGUACUCUGAGGCUGAACCCCGGAGCAAGGCUAGUGGCACUGGUGAGGGCAACCUCCCUGUGAUACCUCAUCACAGCUCUUCAGCCUGCUCGCAGCCCUGGGGACUCACGCUGCUGCAGCAUGUCCUGUGAGGACCACGCACCCCGUGGGGAGCAGGGGCUGCAGGCAGAGGAGUGGUGGCUGCACUGUACCCACCCAUGCCCUGCCCAGAGGCUGCUCCGGCUCCUGCCGCAUGCUCCGGAGGGAAACCCCAACCAAGAACCACAAACACUUGAUGCAGCCCCAUCUGGUGGUCAGGCCUGUCGGGGCUCGGUGGCGCGGGCGCCCCCCACAAGCACACUCUCAGUAUAAUGUUUACAGCCCAGCUGUCCGUGUCGGCCGUGCUUUUGAAUGCACAUUUUUACACUUUUUUAAAGUAUUUUUUACAAAGUUUUUAUACAGCGAUCUCUAUAUGGAUUUAUAUAAUCACUAGAUGUGAUCCCAUAGAAAUGUAUGUUAUGAUGGUCUCUUUGUUACAAGUGCAUAUGCCACAGUUAUCUCCAUUGUGUUACAUGUCUGGUAGCAUCCAGCUCCUUCCCUGGGGUGCUGGGAAGGGGGUCCAAGCCACCCUCCACAGUGGUGUCUCUACCCUCUCCAUCCAUGUAUGUCUUUCAUAAUACUCAGUUCUGUAUCUCUCAGUAAAUGUUA